AUGAACCCCACCCUCACCGACGAGAUAACCUCGAUCAACUCGAUCUACGAAGAUACGACCCUCACACCCCUCUCUGAAUUCGCUGAUAUCUCCUCUGAACCGACAAUCCUCUGUACCCUCCGCCUGCCACCGCCUCACCACUCGGUAUCUCUCCGCCUUGAAUUCCCUUCCUCCUACCCGGAUGUCCCGCCAGCAAUUCUCGGCACACAGUCCGUCGGAAACGACGUUGCGAAAGGCGAGGGUGCGAGGGUGGUAGGGAUAGUCAGGGAGAUAUUAGCGAGGAUCUUCGAGCCCGGUCUACCGUGUAUAUACGACUUGCUCGAGGAGGUUGCGCAGUCGCUAGGAGGCGAUGACGGAGAAGAGAUGGGGGAAGAAGAGCAUAGGCAUGGCGACGAGACUGCGCCUACACCGGGGCCAGCACCAGCAAUCGCAACAGCAGCACGCGCCGAAACAAGCCCCGCCGACCCAGCCCCUCCCUGGACCCUCUCUCCCGUCCUCACCGAAAAGAAAUCCAUUUUCCUCGCCCGCGCCGCCCCCGUAACCACACCCACCCAAGCGCGCACCUACCUCACCCACCUCUUGACCACCGACAAAAAGGCUGCAAAAGCAACGCACAAUAUCUCCGCCUGGCGGAUUCGCGACCCCGGGAACGAAGGAAUAGUAUACCAGGACUGCGACGAUGACGGUGAGACGGCGGCGGGCGGGCGGCUGCUGAAGCUGCUGCAGGUCAUGGAUGUGUGGGGGGUUGUUGUCGUGGUGAGUCGCUGGUAUGGCGGGGUUAAGCUGGGGCCGGAUCGGUUUAGGUUGAUUAACGAGGUUGCGAGGGAGGCGCUGGUGCUUGGUGGUUGGGGUGGGGAGGGAGGAGGGGAGGGUGGUGGGAAGAGAAAGGGGAGAAGGUGA